AUGGCGACUGCCCUGAAACAGCCUAUAAUCAAGCAGCUGACACUAGCUUUACUAAAGCCAGACAUUUGCGCCGAUGCAGCAUUACCACCAAAGAUCUACCAGGCACUCAAUGCAAAGAAUUUAGACAUUGUGCAGCAACGACAAGUGCUUUGGACCGAAGAGGAUGCUGGGUCCUUUUAUGCAGAGCAUAAAGGGAAAUUCUUCUAUCAGCGGCUGUGUGGAUACAUGACGAGUGGCCCCUUCCAAGCAUUGAUAUUAUCUUCUCCAAAUGCUAUCAAGGAAUGGCGAGCAUUGAUAGGUCCUACUCAUCCUGUCCGUGCCCGUAUCCAUCAACCAACCACCCUUCGAGCAUUGUAUGGCUUGACUGAUACCCGAAACUCAUUCCAUGGAUCAGAUUCGGAUGAAACAGCAAAGAAUGAGAUUGGCCUCUUUUUUCCCGAGUUUGAUGUGGAUGCAUGGCAUAGAAACAACAACAGCAACAAUUAA